AUGAAGUGGCAAAUCCGUAAGGAAAACAUUAAGUUUUCUUUGAACAAUAAAACUGUACAAAUAGUCUGGAAAGUCAAAUUUUUGGGCGUGUUUCUCGAUUAUGCUCUCAAGUGGAAAACUCACGUUUCUGAAAUUCGUAAAAGAGUUCUUCCAAGAAUAAGUGUUCUCAAAGCUAUUGCUGGAAUUAAAUGGGGUGCUCAUCCGAGUGUUCUUUCUAUUGCCUACAAGAGCCUGGUGAGGUCGGUGUUGGACUGGAGGUCUCAGGUAACGUCUCCUCUUGGGGAUCGAGAGGCUCUUGUCCUUGAUAGACUUCAGUAUGCAUGUUCCCGUAUAGUUUGUGGCUUCAUGCGUACCACACCCACCAAUGUACUCUUGGAUGUUAUCAAUGAACAUCCUCUCCGAAGUAGGCGCAAGUAUCUUAUGCGAAAGUACGCAUGCCGCGUGGCUUCACGAACUGACCACCCUCUUAAUCUCAUGCUAUCUCAAUCCCUGUCUAACUGGGAACCAAUAUGUGAUGAUAAUCGAUUUGAUCUGUUUGACAUCUUUGUACACCUUGCUCCGUUGAUCCAACAGAUUGAACCGAGACCUUUGCCGGGGUUACUUGCGUUCCCGUUCAACGUACGUUACUUCAAGUGUCCAGUCGACACUGAGUCGGGUUUGAUCUUCAGAAAUACUACUUCUCCACAACAGGCCUUCGCCUCGUUUCUUGUCGAAAAACGUGCCACGUAUGUGUUUUAUACUGAUGGUUCCCGCAUACCCCCUUCUGGAAGUUCUCCUGCAAGGGUGGGGUACUCAAUGGUGUCUGAAUACCCAGAUAUGACACACUAUUCCCGAAUCAAUAAUCAUUCUUCAGUUUUUGAUGCUGAGGCCAGGGGCGUACUCUGCGCGUUGGAGUACAUCAGUGACUUUGAGUUCGGUCAAUCGUAUGUAGCCACGGACUCGUUAAGUGUCCUUAGGUGCCUCGACUCCUUUGACCCGCAGGGCAGUCAUCCUACAGAUAUCUAUAAAAUAAAGACGCUUACCUUAGAGUUGCUUGCGCGAAAAGCUCGGGUUGAGUUCCUUUGGGUUCCUGCUCAUAAAAACAUCCGGGGGAACAAAAUGGCGGACCAGUACGCUAAAAAGGCUCUAGAUAUGCCGGAACCAAACUCUUCAGAAACUUGCUCCGCCAGAUCGGUUUUUCCUAGCCUUCGAGCUAUGGCGGUUGAAGAGUCCACUGCGUUUCUUACAACUGAGGCCCGGUAUAAAGGCCUCCGAUAUUUUCGGCUCAAAGGGAAGGUUUUGGGAAAACCGUGGUAUGAGGAUGGUCUUGUUUAUAUGAAGACUUAA